AGAGAGGAAACACAGAAUACAGAAAAAGAACUUCACGGACCAAGCUUACCCGUCACACACACACCGCCCUUCCUCUUACGGAUCGGGCCUGCACACAACCAUGUCAGUCAGCUCCUCGUCACCACCAACGAAGGACCCAUAUGAGGCGUUGCAAGACGCGUACGUUGCCGCCGCACAGGUCUUUCCCUUGCUUCAGAGAGACGGUCAUGCUGGCAGCCCACGGGCACGGCGUGAGACCAUCGAGAAGUGGGGCGCGGAGUACUUGACAAGCAAGGGUGCCCCUUCAGAGCUUGCGCAGGACUGCGUAUCGUGGUUGCAGACGACCUUAACGGCGACCUCCGAAAAGGCAACUUUAGCACCGCCGCAGACGGAAACGCUCUCCACCGACCAGCACACCAGCGCCUCUCGCGGUGGUGCAUAUGCUCCCGACAGCAGCAGCAGUAGCAGUGACGAGUUGGGAACUGUUGACGGUGCUGGGGCAGCUCAAUCACCUGUGAUGCUGGACCCCAGCCUCGAUGUGGAUCACUGCACCCUCGCCCGCGUGAUUGCGGAUGAGCAGCUACAGUGGGAUAUGUGGCACGACGCACGGUGCCGCCCUGCGGACACCGUCAACGACAGAAACGGUGAAGCCUCUUAUUUGGGUGUGCCCUCAUCGGCAGAUGCGCCAUCGUUCAUCGAUGACGUAUUCUCAAAGGAAGCGAUUCAACGAGAGGCCUGGUUGUGCUGGGCAUCCACGCUGCGCGAUGUGAAGAUCGAAGCGGCGGUUCAACAGCAGGGUCGUUGCAAACACGCACAAGGCGGCUCACACUCCGUGUUGGAUGGGCUGCUGGGGUACCUCCACGCUCCAGAGACGCCGUGGCUGCUGGAGGACCACCCCUCCUCUGUGCUCCUCGCGGCGGACAUGUACAUGAACAACCGUGCCUACGCGAAAGAUGCAGCUGCGGCGCAGAGCGGCGUUUACGAGGAGGACAGCGAAGGCGGAGAUGCAAAGGAUGUGAUGAACGGCUCCGGUAAGCUGGGCCGAGACACGCACGACAUGAAAGCGGUACACGCCUAUCUGUUAAAGCAAGAUGAAGACAAACCCCCGCUGCGCUCGCUGCUUGAGCUUACACUAGCAAGUCACAUUGGAGACCACCGGCAGACGUCGUGA